AUGUCGCUUUCGACGGAAGAGUCUCGAGAGGAGAGGGUACUGCCGAAUGCGCAGGAAUGGGAGGCACUCGCUGAGUACGAGCGGGUAGAGGCCGCGUUCGAGCUGCUUAAGCGCAUCUCCGGGACGUGCCUGCGUCACGGCCACCUCCGCGUGAUGGAACGAGAGGAGUUCAUGUGCUACGGUGCUCAUGCAGAUUCCGUCAGCAGCACACGUCGACUGCUCCUUUACGGGCGCGUGCGGUAUUGUCAUAGGGAAGCGCUGUUGGCGCUCGUGCGGCAGGUACGCUUGCACUCGGUGCGUGACCUCGAUACUGUCGUCACAGCGGGGUUGCAGGCAGGCGACCUCGUGCCACACCUGUUGCUGGAGCCUCUCACGCCGUCCCUCCACACCAACGCGUACCUACGUUGGUACCGCGUCUAUUGUGCCAUGCGAUGCGGAAUCUUCCGCUGCCUGCGCGUGCAGCAACAGAAGAUGAGGCAUCGUCUGCGCCAACUGAUGCACGAGUCAGUGGCUACGCCAUUGACCAACAAGACAGGAAAAGACGAAGGGGGGAGUGCUGCGGAGAACCUGGUGGCCACAUCGUCGGGGAACUUGAAUUCCUCAGGGCACGCAAGCACGCUGCGCUUCUACACGCAGGAGCUCGGUGAUCUCUUCGAAAAGGAGGCCGGUGCACUGAACGACUUCAUGGCCGCCACGAAGGAGACGCGGGUCUCGCUGGCCUGCAUUGCCGCCACUGUCCCUUCCGUCUUCGUCGCGUGGUCAUGCCACUACCCCGACUGCAUGGACUGGUUACAGAGGCACCUGUUUAGCGACUCUCACCUGCAAGAGACGCUGGCCACAACUGGACUCUCAGGGCGGUACGCAGUCCUUCUGGACAAAGAUCCUUGGCUGUCGUUUGCGGCCGAGCACGGCGAUGUGCUGCCACGUCCUCCGGAGAAGGAAACCUUUCGCAUUGAGCUACUGCAACCGCUUUCGAAACGGGCACAGAUUGUCCUACUAAACGUCGACGAGGACGCUGCCGAAGCCCGCACCGCGUUCGAGCACCUGAACAGAGGACUCCGUGGUUGGCAGAGCCCUGAAGUCGACCUGCUGUCGCUGUGGUGUGGCCACCAGGGCCUUCAGUCAGAGGUGGCAACUCUUUUUCACAUUGAAACGCUCCCCUUCAUUGUUGACGCGCGCCCAGGAGGCCGCAGGGGAUUGUCGAAGGUGCCCUCUCGAGUGAGAGUGCACUCGCACAACAGUAGGCGACCGGUGAUUGCGCGCUCUUCACGCGAUACAACCGAGGUGACGAAGGAUAUGUACGGCAUCGCCGACACACCGAAGAUGCGCCGCAGGCGUGGGGAGGCCGGUGCACCGACACUGGCGCUGUCUGAGGACGACAACGUAUGGCACAACCUGCCUGCCCUGGAGCGUGCUCGUAUUGCUGACCGACUGAGCACGCACAUCGCACAACGCCGCCUUCCAUUGUGCUUCACUGCUUUUGUUGGGCGGGAGUACGUGAUAAGAAACCCCUACACCAAUGAUCCAUGCAAGGCUUUGGAGUGUAUCGUCAGCUCGUGCGCGAGGCUCGACGGCGAGUACGUCACUGGACAUGACUUGAUGCCGGUUGCCACGGAGCUGCGCCGCAUGCACCAGCUAGACGGUUUCAAGUUCAACGUCAGUAUCGUGGAGCCCUCGACCCCGCUUGUGUCAUCGCUAGAUUGGGCGACAUCGCAGUUUCGACUGCAAGAAAAGACGCACGUGGCGACAUGUUCCCACUGUCAGGUGACCAUAGAUGUUGGUGCAGCUGCACAUGUAAGGUGCUUACAUUGCCCCUCGAGUGAUAGGCGUGGCGUCCUGUGCGAGGUGUGCGCCUUUACAGCUCUGUGCCACCCGCCUCAGCAUAUUCUUCUGAAAAUUCCACCUGGAGUAUGGGCCCCGUCGUUACCGUUGCUGUGGGGCCCUUCCAACGUUGCUCCGCUCGCUAUGUUUGCGGAACGAUCGAAACCGAACCGGUUUAGCUUCCCCCACAGUAUCUACUGCAAUCGAUGCCGCAGCAUGAUUCGCGGCAUCCGAUGGAAGUGUGCUCGCUGCUACCAGUACGAUCUCUGUGAUCCAUGCGCCCGGAUCUAUAGCGAGCGAGCAGUGUCCACGAUGUCCAAACCAGAUGCCCCUGCCCACGGGGACACAUUGCGACCCGCUAUGUUUUCCUCGUCCCCAUCGCCGUUGCGGUCCACGCCGCACGUGACACCGCACUGCGGCGAGGACGCGACGCACCCAAUGCUGUUUAUUCCUCACACACAGGGGUCUAACACGAACGGCUUUUUGAAGCCAGCGUGCAGCGAACACCUGGGCGAGUGGUUGCUUACACUCUAA